UUGCGCCAUGUUGUUAUUUCGCAAGACUGCUUGAGAAAUACCGUCAAAACAAAAUGGUUUCCUCGCUUUAAAAUGUGUUUAUAUUACAUUAUAAUGUUAAAGUAAGUGCUGCGUGAAUAAGUAGUGUUUUCCUUUUAUGAGCUUUCGUAUGAGAGUAUCAUUGUAUGAUUAAUUCCAUCAUGUUGUGAUGAUUAUGGUCAUAUGGACAAAAGAUGUGUGGGGUGGGUUUGAAGAAUCGCUAGUUUAGCAACAGUCGCUCCUUUACAUUAUGAGGGAAAUGGUAGGAGGUUGUUGCGUUUGUUCUGAUGAUAGAGGCUGGUCUGAAAAUCCUCUUGUUUACUGUGAUGGACAGUCAUGUACAGUGGCAGUUCACCAAGCUUGUUAUGGAAUUGUAAGUGUACCAACAGGACCGUGGUAUUGUCGUAAAUGUGAAAGUCAAGAAAGGACUUCUAAAGUGAAGUGUGAAUUAUGCCCUAGCCGAUAUGGCGCUCUUAAACGAACUGAUAAUGCAAAAUGGGCCCAUGUGGUGUGCGCCUUAUACAUACCAGAAGUUCGAUUCGGGAAUGUUACUACUAUGGAACCUAUUCUGUUGCAUUUAAUCCCUGCAGAACGUUUCAAUAAAGUGUGUUAUAUCUGUGAAGAAAAAGGAAAACCAUCCACUGCAGCUGUUGGUGCUUGUAUGUCAUGUAAUAGAAUAGGUUGCAAGCAACAAUUUCACGUUACUUGUGGUCAAAGUCUUGGCCUUCUUUGUGAAGAAGCUGGAAAUUAUUUGGACAAUGUCAAGUACUGUGGAUAUUGCCAAUACCACUAUAGCAAAUUGAAGAAAGGAGGUAAUGUUAAAACGAUUCCACCAUAUAAGCCAGUAUCAGAAAAGCAUUUGUCCGAUUCAGGUUCUGAGAAGGAAGCAGAAGCAGUACCAUCCACUUCUGCCAAAGCCACAUCCUCGUCUACUUCAUCAACAAGCUCGGCGAAUUCAUCAAAUAAACGUAGGUCCACGUCCAGCACAAAAACGUCUACAUCCUCGAAGACUAGUAGCGGUAACUCGAAAAGUUCCUCCAGCCCAAGUAAUUCGAAGACUUCUCAUCAUAACUCGAAGAGCUCGGACAAAAGCAAAGUGAAUAGUUCGUCUAGUGGUUCAUCUCGAAGUACCAAAAACUCUGAUAAUCAUUCUGAACACUCAAGUGAAACGAAGACUGACAAAAAAGACUCUAAAUCCGAAAAUAGUGAAGAAACUAAAUCGUCCGAAUUGAAGGAAAGUAAGGGAUCGAAAAAACGUAAAUCGAAUUCUAGAACUCCUACGCCUGUUACUACGGUUGUUUCAAGUGAAGUGAAUGUGAUUAAUUCGAACACUGCCAAUAGCAAUAAUGAUAGUAGUGUAAUUAAUAGUUCAGAGAAGAAGGAGGACUUACUUGAUACUAGUGGAGAAAGUGUAGAUAAAGCUAAGAAGAUAAAAGUAGAAACCACGCAAUCAAUAAUAUCUAAUCAACCAGUCGUUGCCUUAACUUCGAUAUCAACUAUCAAAGCAACCCCACCUCCCACUACAUCGGCUGCGGAUCCCCCGGUGGUGCCACCAGAAACAAGUACUGUUGUUUCCGCAACUGCUCAAUCCAUUAUUCAGUCCACAGCCGCUCAGCCCUUGGCGGGUUCUCUGGUGGUUUCAUUGCCACUUCCCAGUACGACAUUGAGCCCUCAAUCUCAAGCAAGUACAAGUGCUCAAGGCAAUCUAUUAGCGAAUAUCAUUGAAUCGCAGCAGGAGAAAACCAACGAUUCCCCAAAACCGAGUGGGCCAGAUUUACCCAGUAAUUUAGAAUCAUUGAACAUUGAAGAAGAGAACGCUCAGUCAAAUAUGCUCACUUCAGAGAGUGGUGGAGGUUUGAAAAUAAUAUAUGAAAAACAAGAAGCAGCAAUGAGCACUAACACUACAGAAGAAGACAUGGAACUGGAGGAGAUUCAGACUGAAGUACCUGCUAAAAGAACUAGAUCUCAAUCAAACGAUAAGACUGAAAAAACAGUUACGAAUCGCGGGAAGAAACGUAGUAGCGGUGGAGGAUUGGGGAGUAAUUCAAAUAGCUACCAAAUUAACAAUAAUUCGAAUUCUAAUCUUUCCAUGAGAAGAUCUAGUCGAUCUCAGAUGAAUAUUUCUCCCACACCAUCGCUAAGUUCAACGCUAAGUCAACAACCCGGAGCUUUCGCUAGUAUAAGUCAGAACCAGUUGAAGAAUUCCCCACCUAGCAGUCCGAGCUCUGAGAGUCAGAGCGCUUUACCAACGAGGACAAGUAAAAAUAAAACAAAGGGAAGAAAAACUGAACCUGCCGUUAUCACUCCGAGUUCUAGUAGAGAUAACAAAGAUGUUAAAUUAUUCCAGAAUGGUGUUACUGCCCCACAUAUGUUGGGAAAUCAGCUCAAUCCAACAUCAAAUAUGGCGCAAAAAAUGUCUGACCAUUUAAACUCCGAGCUGGAGGCUCAUAGUAUUUUCAAUCCCAAUGAAAAUUCUAAUCUGGUUGGACCCCAAUUACAUCAUAAAGUUGUUGCGACUGCACGUUCUAACAGCACUGGCAGCACAACUUCAGGUAAUAGUGGUUUGACCGGAAUGCUUGGAGGAAAUACUGGUAAUAUUCCUCAGACGUUGGACCAACUGUUAGAGAGACAAUGGGAGCAGGGAUCUCAAUUUCUUAUGGAGCAGGCUCAACAUUUUGACAUUGCAUCUCUAUUAUCGUGCUUACAUCAAUUGAGAGCUGAGAAUCUUAGGUUAGAGGAACACGUCAGUUCAUUGCUACAAAGGCGGGAUCAUUUAUUAGCAGUGAAUGCAAGACUGGCGAUUCCCUUAACAGGACAACCUGCUACACCUCAGACUUCACAUCCUCAUACAGUGAAUAAUAUUCAUCCAGCUGUUGCUGCUGGUCACGGUGAUGUCCCUCGAUCGAGGCACAGUGCUGGCAGUGCAAGUUAUCCAGCUCAUCCACAAGGAACUAGCGCUGAUGUCCCCGUUGAAAAUGGUUUACCACCAGAUUCGAAUCAAACCUAUUCUUCCCACAGAAGUCCAGUCACUGGACAACCGCAACGGAGUCCCACUGUGAGAUCAAAUCAUUCGAUUGAUCUUAGUUCUUAUAGAUUAUCCCCAGCUGGAUCCAGUUUCUCUAAUAACUCUUUGAUUAGGCCAAAUCCUGAAGCGAGUGGACGUUCGAACCCCCGUCCUCAGCAAUAUUCACAUUAUCAAGGAUCCAGUCAGUCUCAACAACAACAGAUAUUAAUGCGUAGAGAUAAUGACCAUCAUCAGAGUUCUAAGCCCAGCUGAGAUUACCUCGAUCUUUCAUUGACUCUACUGCAUUUAUUGGAUAUGAAGUGAAGUACUCAAUUCGUCAGAGCCAAAAGAAAAUAUUAUAUUUUUUCACUAUGAAUUUUAUUUCAUUCAUAUUCCAAUCUGAUUCACGGCCAUUAUUUCACAAUAUUCGUGAAUAAAUUAUGGAAAUUGUAAUUAGGAAUGUUUAUGUACAAAGUCUAAAAAAUUUACCCCUAUUGACUGAGUUUCAUGCAACUUUGUAAUACAAAUCGUAAUUUGUGAACAGAGAUAUCGCAAGUGUUAAUUGGGAAAAUAUAUUUGAAUUUCAAUCAAACUAUUCAAGUAUAACUUUAUAAUUGUGCCAUUCUGAACAUAAUUGUGUAUUGAUUAUUUUCUCAUUCUGACAUCAACCUUUUUUUAAGUUGAUUCCAGUUUUAUGGAAAAAUACGAGGAAAAAAUUUGACUCUGUUCAUUCGGCUGUUGCUUUUUAGAAAUUCGUUUAUAAUUUUUUUCCUCUGUCUAAUCAUUACCUAGUUUAUCAUCGUUAUUGUUUAAUUUUUUGUUAAGUAUUUUAUUAUAUUUAAUUUGACCUGUUAAUUUUUCCGCUUUUAAAACGAAGGAGUUUAAUUCAUCAGAAUAUUGAUGUACUUUUCGAGGCUUCCAAUUGAGAGCAAUCAAAUAAGACUUUAGGUGUAUCAUUUGUAACAAAUAAAUUGAGACUGUUUCUUUCCAGAAAAAAAAUAUGCCAAAUUUUAGUUUUUUAUACUUGAUUCUUCAAGGAAAGAAUUAUUUUUAGAAAGUAUAUUGAUGCUCAAAAGUCUAAAUUUUAGAAUUAUCCAAAAUUUGUAAUUUCAUGGUUUAUUUCAUUGAAAAUUAAGAUUUAACGAAAUAGUUGUAGGUGUGAAUUUGAUAGAAGUAAUAUUUUUCUCAGGGAUACUACUAUUCAUAAAGAUAGGUUAUCAACAAGUUAGAAUUUAAUUGUCACAACUUGAAAGCAACUCAAAAAAAAAGCAACUGAAAUAUUUAUUUGGGUUGUAGUAUUACAGGAAGUUAAUUCAUUGGACCGAAUAAUAUUGUACCUGAAAUAGUAGUCAGUGAGAAAUAUCACUAUUUUUUUCAGUAGUAUCUUCGUUUAUCUUUCAAAAAGAUUUUUAUGUUACUUCAAUUCAAGUUAUGAUAAUAUUCAAAUUUGCCAUAUUCAAUAUCGAGAUUCAUAUGAAUAUUUGAUGAUAAAUAUACCAGUGAAAAGUAAUAUUUCUGCAAUGGAAAUAUGCUAAAACUUUCUUUGUCUAGACAGAAAUAACAAUCUGAUGAAUUUAAGCAAAUCAAGAAAUCAAGAUAUUUCUCUGUAUAGAAUUAUAUGUAAAUGUGUAAUUCUGUACAGAGAAAUAUCUUGGUAAAUAACAAGAUGAUAAAUACAGAGGAAUCCCUAUUUUUAACCGAAUAUUUUUGGGAUUUUUUGUACUUUUAUAUCAUUGAAUCUUUUCUAGAAAGAACAGAUGCGAAGUAAAUGUAUUUAUAUCUUCGAAUGUAUAUUUUGUUUUAUUUUCGUUUUGUAAUAUAUAUAAAUUUGUAGAGUU